AUGUCUCGCACAGGGAAUCCAGAUGUCUUGGAAAAACAACAGAAAAAAGAUGAGAGGCUGUUAGGAUUCCUGCAGAAUGUCAGGGUGGAUUCAACAGACCCAGAGCAACCCAAACCUUUGGAGGGGGCGGAGUCGAAAGCGUCCGGGUCCAGCCCUCAGCGCAGGUUGCCCACAAGCAGGAAGCCCCUUCCCAAGGUCACCACGAUGUUCGAAGUACCCGAUGAAGUACCCGAGGGCAGGUUAACGGUUCCCAUGGCCUUGGAGAUACUCGCCAAACACAAACGCAAUCCCAAGGAAUGGCCGGCAGAGAGACUGGCUGCCGACUACAAGCUGGAUCUGACGGACACCACCCACAUCCUGGAGUAUUUCAGGUCCUUCAAGGUCAUCCCCGUGGAGGGCAGUACCCUCCCUCCCCCGAGGCGCCUCCUGGGAAGGUGAUGAUGCCGUGAAAUGAGGUCCGUUAGGUCAUACCAUCUUUUUUGGGGGGGAUGGAGACUGUAAGGAGUCACCAUGAUCCCCCCCAAAAAAACAUUGCCUCAAAUUUUGACAGUUUGCAAUAGACCCUAUUCACGGGAGCCAUAUUUGAUCUUGUUCCCUGAAUCUAUCAUAUUCAGUGCAAUCUGGUGAACGGAUUGUUGCCAGGCUUAUUUUAAGCCUCACUCUUUUCAAGGUGGCCUAAAACAUUUAGAUGUAUCACAAAUUAUAAAUUAUUCAAACUGGCAUUAGUUUGUAAGAAACUUUGGUUUCAUUGCUGUCAUUUUUACUCUCAGGCUCCAAAAAUGAAAAGUUAACUUCUCUUUCAAUUCAAGAUGGCCGACACAAAUACAUACAUGUAUUGCCAGAGUUUAUUUGUGGCUUGUUUCAACCGUAUUCAAAUGUUCACUUUGUAAGAAUUAUAUACUCCUGACUGCAUGAGGGAAUUUCAGAGAGCUAGUUUGAAUUGAAUUUGUUCUAAUGUUAGGUAAAAUACCUACCGAUUUCGCACACCCCUCAUUUUGAAACUCUGACCGAAAUAUUUUUAGUUUGGUUACUAGAACUCAAACAAUUCCAAAAGCGUGUAUACAGAGCAUCGAUUUAAAGGGUAUUCCCAUCAUGGGAAAACCGUGUAAUUUGAUUCUCUGUGUCCAAAAUUGAUCAGAACAAACAUUUUGCUGUCUUCAUUGAGUCUCUGACCAAUCUGGUCAGUUUUGUGUCCACAACUAGUAAGAAUGUAAGUCGUGUGUGUGUGUGUGUUUUUAACCAGAACAAACUUGACAAACUCCAGAUGCAAAGCCUCCCACUUUUCUGUCAAUAAAAUUUAUUUUAGAACUUUUCUUUUAA